AUGACGGACGGGUGGAGUCUCCCGGCGACACCCAGCCAUGCGUACCUUCUCUCGGAUACCGACUCUGACUCUGAGCUGUACCCGCACCUUGCUGCACCCUCCUCGCCGCCUUCCCUGGACCACCACCUGGCCGACGAGUUGGAGGCUGAGAUCGCCGCCGCCGCCGCCGCUCUCACUGCUGCUCCGCUUGCGCCGUCCCAGUCGGCGUCGGAAGACCCCGCUACAUCCGACACAACUGCGGGUGGUCGGCUCGCUGCCGAGUCGGGCCUGCUCUCUAUCGCACAGCUGGAGGCGGUUCUGGCCCGGACCGGCGAAGAGGCGGAUGCCGACCACAGCCUCGCUCGCUCGCAACACGAUGCUCUCGAUCAGGAGCUGGACGCCAUGUACGAGGCGAGGGUCGACGCCCAGGCUGCGGCCGCAGAAGUGGAGAGCUACCGGUUGCAGACCGCCCUCGAAGACGCCGCGUACUUUCGGGAUGUCAUGGACUUUGCCGCUGGAAACAGCAUCGGGCGGCAGGAAGAGCAGCAAGGCGAUGGAGCCGACGUCGAGGCGGGCGCAGCGACGCCUGAGGUGGCGGCAGCUGAAGCUGAAGCUGCGGCUGUGGCGGCCAAGGCUGCCGAGGCUGCGGCCUUGGCCGAAUUGGAGGUGCGGCUGGCUGCAGAGCGUGAGGCCGCCGAGGCCGAGGCUCGGAAGAGGCAGGCGGCCAUCGAGGCCCAGCUGCAAGAGUCACGCCGCGCGCAGGCGCUGGCCCGCAAGCAGCUCGAGGAAGAACAAGCCGCUGAGGCUGCUGCCCGAGCGCGCGAGCUGGAGAUGCUAGCGCGAGCCGAGGAGGAAGAGCGCGCCCGAGAGGCCGAUCGCGACACCCGCCGCCAGGCUGCCGAGGCCCGGCUGCGUGCCGCCGAGCUCGCUGCUCAGGCCGAGGCCGAGGCUGAGCGUAUGGCCGCCGAAGAAGCUCGUCUCGUCGCCGAGCGUGAGGCCGCCCGUCUCGCCGCCGAGCGCGAAGCCGCCCGCCUUGCCGCCGAGCGCGAAGCCGCCCGUCUCGCCGCCGAGCGCAAAGCCGCCCGCCUAGCCGCCGAGCAGAGAGCCGCGCUCCGCCAGGCUCAGCAGACGCUGGCAGCUGACAUCACCCGUGGGCGCUGGUCCGAGUACGUUGAUCCGGUGCUUCUGGCUUGUCGGCGGGAGACGGACCCAACCUGUCCCGCAGCAGAAGCGACAGCACCUCUCGAGGCGCUGGCUGCGGCUGAGCGACUGGCACCACUGCGUCCGUCGCCACCGGCAGCAGCUGGCUCGUCGGCAGGCGAGGACCAGGUGGACGAAGACGACAGCUCGCCGCUUGCACCGUUCCAUCUGGCGAUGAAUUACGCACCGAACACGCCGAUGACAGAGGUCAAGGUGGUGAGUGUGCAGGUCGAAGGCAUUACAACGCUUGCAGACGCGCUGGCUGACGUUCCAGCUAUUGUCUCGCUCAAUCUCAACACCAACGCGCUGACGCGGGUGGGCGAUCUGAGCGCAAAUCGCGAACUCGCCAUUGUCAAGGUUGCCGACAACAAGGUGGCGGCUCUCGACGGCCUUGCGCCGCUGCGCAAGCUCCGGUGGUUGGACGUGUCGGUUAACGCGCUGACCCGCCUCGGACCGAGUGUACGGCGGCUGGAGAGUCUAGUGCGGCUAGAGGCGAACAACAACUCGCUGUUUAGCCUUGCAGACGUGCCGGCGUCUCCGAACCUGGUCGAGCUUGCUGCCUACCGCAACAGGCUUUCAUCGCUUGAUGCAUUGCCGAGACUGCCGUCACUGACCGCACUCGACGUGGGCCGCAACGAGCUUGCCACGCUUCCGGGCAACAUUCUAGCCCGAGCGCCGCACCUGAUCAAGCUCGUGGCGUACGAGAAUGCGCUGAGGGAGCUUCCGGAAGUGGCAGCGACACCGCUUCUAUCGUCGCUAUGGGUCAACGGCAACGCGCUGAGUGGGACGCCGUGCGUCGAUGGCCGGGAAGUGCCGCUGCUGCGUGAGCUGUAUCUGGGCGAGAAUGCUCAAGUGACCUCGCUGCGCAUGCCACACAUGCUGCCCUUCCUCCACUCACUGCACCUCCCGUUCACGAGUCUGGAACUCUUGGACGACCUGGAGCGGAUGCUGCGAGCAACACCGCUGCUCUCGUCGCUGCGAAUCCAUGACACACCGCUGGCGAGGUCAGCGGCAGCCGGCGCGGUGCCGCUGGUGUGCUCUGCGCUGCUGCCGUGCCUGUCGGAGCUGGAUAUGAAUCCGUUUGAGCGCGUGGCAUCAGUGGCACUCGCGGCAAUUGCGGCAACCGACGGUGGCGCAGCUCGGCAUCGCCGUGUACUGCGAGAGCGGGGCGCACGGCUGGCGGCAACGCUGCGGACAUCCCGACCGGCGUGCUGGCGAACCGGGCAGCAGUGCGCUCCACGCGCAUCGGAGCCGGCUACUCAGUGGUGGUUGCUCCACGCCACCAAGGCGGCCCGGGUCGAGGCGCUUGCCAGCGCCGGUGCGCGGCGAGUUCGACUCGCGCCGUUUGGGCCACAAGCUGCUGGACUGCCCGAGGCCGAGCGCGUGCUUCUGGGCGACGAGGCGCGACUGGAGGUGCUGGGCGAGCAGGCGAGCCUGGCUCAGGCGCUUGCCCAGCUCACCAGGCUUACACUCACGACUGCAGUUCCUGCGGGGUACGUGGAUGCUGUGCGAGAGCGGGCCGAGACCAAAGCGGUGAUCACGCUCCAGCGGUGGUGGCGGCGAUCGCUGGACAAGCGGGCGGCUGCAGCGAGCCACGCUGCCAGCGUGAUUGCGGCGGCCUGGCGUGGGUAUGCAGUUCGGACCAAGAGCACGGCGCCGGGGCCGACGGCGUGGCGGGCACGGUCAAGGACAAGGGAGGCGGCGGCAACCAAGGUGCAGGCGGUGUGGCGUGGGGCGCGGAUGCGGCUGCGGCUGGCACGGGCGCGCGAGGCUGCGCGAGCUGGCUUGUGGGAUGAUGACGAUCUUGACGAGUUUGAUGACGAGCUGGACACCGAGUGGUUGACUCAGGGAGCGCCGAGCUCGGGCCUCUCGCUCGACUCUCUGCCUGCAGUCCAGCUAGAUGCGGCGACAGUGGCGUCGAUUGCACAGGCGUGGUCGACGCCGCCGGCGCCUGCUCCAGCAACGGGCGGGCGGAGCGAAGCUAGCAGCAGCGUAGUGUUGAUCUCUUCCGCCAGCGCGGAGACUGGCGACGGAGGGUCAUGCGAGUCAAGCGGUGACGAUGGCUACGUACCGGUGUACCGGGCGCCAGGCUCGCGGGAGCGGAUUGUGGGGGGUGUUGCGCCACAAGCAGCGUCGCCGACGACAGCGCGGCCGAGCUCUGCGGCGACCAACACGUCGUUUGAGUCGACGCUCACGACGACUUCGUCGUCGACGGCAUCCCCGGAGGAGCCGCGUCGGAGCUCACGCGGCGCAGUACCGGCUAAGGUCCAGGACAUGGCCGCGGAGUGGGGCAUCACCAACCCGGCGACGAUUGCGGCAAUGGCACGGAAGCAGUCGCGGAUGAAGCGGCUGAUGAAUGCCAAACAGCGGCGGCGCAAAAUGGCGGACCCGUCGGUGCGGAUGGAGGCGUUCCGCAAGCGCAACGCGCUGCCGUCGCGUGAGAAGCCAUACAAGCCUGUGACGCCCGUGUACGCCAAGGCACGGGUGGUGGCGGCCCGCAAGCAUCGGCGGCCCAAACGGCCGCGGCCUGGGUACAUGCAGCCAUCCCCGCAGGCGCAGCGACGGCAGGCAUCAGCAGUGGCGACAAGCGACGAGGAGGACGAGUAUAUUGAGGCGGUGGCGAUCGGCAUGCGUCCAACGACGCCACUCGAGCUCCGAUCCGUGUCGUCUGCAGGCUCCGAGGGCUACGUCCUACCGCAGCUGUAA